AUGGACAAGGAAUUAUGCAGAACAGCAAGGGCCAAAAGGAAGGAAUUUCUAAUCAAAAACCGUGCUAAACAGUAUUCUAUCAAAGGUCAAAUUGGAGCUGCUAGACGGCCAGCUUUGAAAGAUAUAAGCUCUUCUCUCAAUGUGAUUAGACCUAUGAUUUUUGGUUCAAACUCUUCAUUUAAACAAGACAAUCAAGAUUUGAGAUGCAAAAGAGCUAGGAUUGGAGACUUAUUUUUUAGGGAUGGAAAUGUACAGAGUAGCAACAGUACAAGUAAAGGUCAUCACGAUCAGACGCAGAACUAUGUUUCAAAGAAAGCAGAUGAUUUGCAUGUGGGAUUGACAAUGCAGAGCACUUUGACUGCUAUCACAGCUCAGGAACCGAUACAUCCUAAGAACAUUUUCCCGAUACAUUCUCAAACCAAUGAUUGUUUAAGCAAUAGGAAUUCAUCAAUCUUGGAAGAAGAUCCUUUGCUAACAGCUGAUGAAACAUUAAAUAAUGGGGCUGUCAAUGUAACAGAUAUGUUGUUAGAGGGAAUCGGCGAGGAGACAGCGUGCAACAAUUCGGUAUAUACAGAAGAAUAUAUUAACCAUGGUGAAUGCAUCUAUGAGUGUGAAUUUUGUAAUGCUCUCUUUUGGUAUGAUGAAAGAAUUGGAAAACAUUAUAAUGCAACUAUUCCUAAGUACACGCUGUGUUGUAGAGGAGGUCAGGUUCAGUUGCCUCAACCGAAAGAACCUCCUCCUAUUCUUCAACGUCUAAUGUGGAAUAACGAUGAUAGAAGCAAGAACUUUUGUGAGAAUCUUCGAACAUACAAUAGCAUGUUUGCAUUCACAUCUUUGGGUGGUAAAGUCGACAAAGUCAUUAAUCGAGGCAGAGGUCCACCAACAUUUAUACUAUGUGGACAAAACUACCACCUUCUUGGCAGUCUUAUUCCCCCUGAAGGAUCAACUGCUAAAUUUGCUCAAUUAUAUAUAUAUGACACAGACAAUGAGAUAUCUAACAGAAUCCAAGUUGUAAGCAAAGUUGAUAUGCUAAUUGUCCAAGAACUGAAGGAGAUGCUUGAUAAAAAUAAUGUGUUGGUAAAGUCAUUUCGCAUGGUUAGAGACUCUUUGAACAAUGGCACUCAAAAAAAUGUUAAGCUUAGGCUUAUUGGAAAAGAUGGAAGAAGAUAUAAUUUGCCCUCCGUAUCAGAAGUGGCUGGAUUAAUUGUGGGUGAUUUUGAUGCAUCACGAACGGAGAGAGAUAUUGUUGUUCAAACCCGAAGUGGAUCUCUUCAACAUAUAACUGAACUCAAUCCAUCUUAUCUUGGAUUACAGUAUCCAAUUUUGUUUCCAUACGGAGAGGAUGGGUUUCGAGAGCAUAUACCACUUAAUCGCAUUAAAAGAAAGAAUGACAACGAAGAAAAGUGUGUAACCAUGAGGGACUAUUUUGCAUUUUAUAUUCAGGAAAGAUUCUCAGACGGUUCUCCUUUACUUUAUUCUAGACGACUAUUCCAACAAUUCAUAGUUGAUGCUUAUUCAAUGAUCGAGUCAUCUCGACUAAAUUACUAUCGUUUUCACCAGGAAAAUGUACAGUGUGAUCUCUACAAAGGUAUAUGUGAAGCUGUUGUGAAUGGAGAUAAUUCCGCAACUAUGCACGGUAGACGUAUAGUCUUACCAGCAACUUUUGUUGGAGGUCCUAGAUACAUGAUUCAGAAUUAUCAAGAUGCCAUGGCAAUUUGUACCAAAGUUGGUUAUCCAGAUUUAUUCUUGACCUUUACAUGCAAUCCUAAAUGGCCAGAAAUAGUAGAUCAUUUGUCUACAAGGGGACUAAAAGCUGAAGACAGGCCUGACAUUGUAUGUAGAAUGUUUAAAAUGAAGCUAGAUACCUUGAUUAAAGAUCUUCGUGUGAAUAUGUUAUUUGAAAAGGUCGUUGCAUUGGUAUACACUAUUGAAUUCCAGAAGCGUGGUUUGCCUCAUGCACAUAUAUUGUUAUUUCUUCAUGAAGGGGACAAGUACCUUACUCCUGAUGAUAUUGAUAAGACUCCUGAUGAUAUUGAUAACAUUAUAUCUGCGGAAAUACCAGAUAAAAGCGUUGAUGCAAAGUACUAUGAUGCAGUCAGUAACUUGAUGAUUCAUGGUCCAUGUGGAGCUUCCUUAAAGGAUUCACCAUGUAUGGACAAUGGUAGGUGCUUGAGGAAUUUUCCUAAGCGUUUUGUUGAUUCCACUUCUAUUGAUGAUGAUGGAUAUCCCGUUUAUCGCCGCAGAGACACUGGGAGAACUAUAAAGAAAUAUGGGAUUGAAUUAGAUAACAGAUGGGUUGUUCCACACAAUCGAAGUUUGUUGUUAAAAUAUGGUGCUCACAUCAAUGUUGAGUGGUGCAAUCAAUCUAGGUCAAUUAAAUAUUUAUUCAAGUAUGUUAAUAAGGGUCAUGACCGUGUUACUGCUUCUUUUUACCGCGAGGGGUCUACAGAAUCAUUAUGUGAUGAGAUUGACGAGAUAAAGAUGUACUAUGAUUGUAGGUAUUUAUCUCCAUGUGAAGCAGCUUGGCGAAUUAUGGGAUAUGAUAUCCAUUACAGGUACCCAGCAGUCAUCCGCCUACCUUUUCACUUGCCAAGCGAACAGAUUGUUUUAUUCAAAGAUCACGAAUCAUUGAAAGAUGUGGUCGAAAGGCCAACUAUCAAUCAGUCCAUGUUCUUGGCAUGGUUUGAAGCAAAUCGACCAACAAGUUAUGAGGACAUUCGAACAUACAAUGGUGUUGUUUACAAAUCAUUUCGGGAGGCAUGUUUUGCUCGCGGUUUGUUGGAUGAUGACAGGGAAUAUAUUGAAGCAAUUGAAGAAGCAAGCAUUUGGGGUUCUGGCGAAUACCUUAGGAAUCUAUUUGCCACUCUUUUGUUUUCUAACUCAAUGACUAGACCCCUAUAUGUUUGGGAGAAGACAUGGAAAAUACUCUCCGAUGGUAUACUUCAUAAUAGAAGAAGACUACUUAACCAUCCAGGACUAACAAUAUCCGACAAUGAGUUGUUAAAUCUCACUCUCAUAGAAAUUGAGACAAUUCUCAAGAGGAAUAAUCGUAGUCUAAUGGACUACCCUGACAUGCCUUUUUCUAACAUUAAUUUUGAGGAUGGGAUGUCUUGCGAUCUUUCAAAUAAUAACCUAAUCAAUGACGAAUUGUUGUACGACAGACAAGACUUAGGGUCAAAGUAUUUAUUAAAUCUUGCGAAGAUGACCACUGAGCAAAAGAAUAUUUACGAUACUAUUAUUAACAGUGUCGACCGGGGUGAGGGUGGCUUAUACUUUAUAUAUGGCUAUGGUGGUACAGGGAAGACAUUCAUAUGGCAAACUCUUGCUGCAUCUUUGCGUUCAAGAGGCCAAAUUGUAUUAACAGUUGCUUCUAGCGGUAUAGCCUCUUUGCUAAUUCCUGGCGGUAGAACGGCUCAUUCUAGAUUUGUGAUCCCUUUAAAUGUUGACCAAUUUUCAACUUGCAACAUUAGACAAGGAAGCCAAUUAGCCGAGUUGAUAGUGAAAUCUAAGUUGAUUAUAUGGGAUGAAGCUCCAAUGGUCAAUAAAUUUUGUUUUGAAGCUCUUGAUCGUACCAUGAGAGAUUUGCUUAAGAUUGUGAACUCCAAUAGUGAAAAUCUACCAUUUGGUGGUAAAACAGUUGUAUUUGGAGGUGAUUUUCGACAGAUUUUACCCGUAAUACCGAAAGGUUCGAGACAAGAUGUAGUUAAUGCAACCAUCAAUUCAUCUUAUUUGUGGGAUCAUUGUAAGGUGUUGAAGUUGACUCAAAACAUGAGAUUAAAGGGAUCUAACAACAUUGAAGGAUCUGAUCAAAGCUUAAGGAAGUUUGCAGAUUGGUUAUUGAAGAUAGGAGAUGGAAAGAUCGGUGAGAUUUUUGAUGGUAUUGGUAGAAUCAAAAUUCCAGAUGACAUCUUGAUAAAAGAUUGGAUUAAUCCAGUUGAAGCUCAUGUUUCUUACUUCAGUGCUGAUAUGGCUUGCAAGUCCGAGACACAAACAGAUGUUGCUGCAGCUGUUCACACCCCUGAAUUUCUCAAUGGUCUCAAGUCUUUCGGUCUUCCAAACCACGAAAUCAAAUUGAAGGUUGGUAUACCGAUUAUGCUUCUUAGAAACAUUGAUCAUUCUUCGGGUUUAUGUAAUGGGACACGUUUGAUUGUUACUCAGCUUGGGAAACGAAUUAUUGAAGCCAAAGUAAUUACCGGUAAUAAUGCAGGACAAAAAGUGUUCAUACCACGUAUGAACCUGUCCCCUUCUGAUCAUAGGAUCCCCUUUAAAUUUAAUCGAAGACAGUUUCCUAUAAUGGUUUUCUAUGCCAUGACCAUAAAUAAGAGUCAAGGUCAAUCGUUAUCUAAUGUGAGCUUACUUUUAAGGAAGCCUGUUUUUAGUCACGGUCAACUGUACGUGGCUCUUUCUCGAGUAACAACCAGACAAGGUCUCAAGAUACUAAUUUCUAAUGAAGCAGGAAAAGAGUCAACUGUGACCGAUAAUGUUGUCUAUAAUGAAGUUUUUAGAAAUCUGGAUUGA